UUGGAUUUGCAUUCACUUCAAAUUCUAAAGAUACAUCCAAAGGAGCUCCGACCUCUCUCCGGUACCAGAGCAAGAGAAGAAUGGCCAAACCUCCAAAAUAAUUGAAUAUGGGCGACGAUCUUCACGCUGCCGCCAGGUCAGGCGACCUCGCGGCGGUCCAGAGAAUAUGUAGCUCCAACCCCUUGGCAAUCAACUCCAGAGAUAAGCACUCCAGAACCCCGCUACAUUUAGCAGCAUGGUCUGGGCAGGCAGAGGUGGUGAACUAUCUUUGCAAGAAUAAGGCUGAUGUUGGUGCAGCUGCUAUGGAUGACAUGGGCACAAUUCACUUUGCAGCCCAGAAGGGUCAUUUGGAAGUUGUUCGAAUACUACUUUCUUCUGGAGUCUCCAUCAAAGCUUCCAAUCGCAAGGGCAUGACUGCCCUUCACUAUGCUGUUCAAGGGUCUCAUCUGGAACUAGUCAAGUACUUGGUAAAGAAAGGUGCGAGUCUUAGUGCCAAGACAAAAGCAGGAAAAACCGCUCUUCAACUUGCAAGCAGCGAGGAGGUCCGCUCAUUUCUGGUGGAAGGGGAGAAGCAAUCUAACAAAGGAGGAGAUUUGAAUGAUACACAGAAAUCAAAUGAGGCUCAUUCAAAACCGUCAUUACAGGAAAAUGCAGAGGCUCCCGUAAUUAGGCAAGAUGAAGGAGAAGAUGGAGAGGAUGAAACAAUCAAAAGGAAGGCUGAUGAAGAUGAAACCGAGACAGCCAUGGAAAACCCACCAAAGCCAAAGAAGUUGAAGGUUUCUCUUAAUCAUCUUUUAGCCUCGGAUGACACACAGGAAGAAGAGGAGUAACUUGUUCAUCGGGUUUAUUGACCUGACCUUAACUGCCAUGAUGGUAACAGUGCCAUUAAGGUUAUUGAUGCUUUGUUUUCACAAGGACUUACAGAAUGAACAGAGUAACUCCAUCAACAGGUGUAGCUUUCCUAGAACAGUUACGUCCUUUCAGGCUGCAAACGGCUUGCUGUUUCUUGUAUCGGAUUAUUUGAUUCUAUGUUUAGCUGAUGUCAUAGAUAGUCUAGUUUUGCCAAAA